AUGGCUUCAAAAGUAGGGUACCCUCUUAUCCUUUCUUCUGCUUUUCUUCGAGAGUACAAGCUGGUUGUUGUCGGUGGUGGUGGUGUUGGAAAGUCAUGCUUGACCAUUCAAUUGAUCCAGAGCCACUUCGUGGAUGAAUAUGACCCAACAAUUGAAGAUUCAUACCGCAAGCAGUGUCACAUCGACGAUGAGGUCGCUCUGCUGGACGUCCUAGAUACCGCCGGACAAGAAGAAUACUCCGCCAUGCGCGAACAAUACAUGCGCACGGGUGAAGGCUUCCUCCUAGUCUACUCCAUCACAUCGCGUCAGUCUUUCGAAGAAAUCAUGACCUUUCAACAACAAAUCCUCCGUGUGAAGGACAAAGACUAUUUCCCUAUCAUCGUCGUUGGCAACAAGUGCGAUCUCGAGAAGGAGCGAGUGGUCACGGAACAAGAGGGCGAGAAUCUGGCACGGCAAUUCGGCUGCAAGUUCAUCGAAACAUCCGCAAAGUCCCGCAUCAACGUCGAAAACGCAUUUUACGACCUUGUCCGCGAGAUCCGCCGGUACAACAAGGAGAUGUCCAACCCCUCCGGCUCCGGUGGAUUCGGCGCUCGCGCUCCUGAUAACAAGAUGGAUGUCAGUGAGCCUGGCGAGAGCGCCGGCUGCUGCGGGAAAUGUAUUGUUAUGUAA